UGCGCGGGUGCGCCUCACUCGCCUGCAGGCGCGCGAGCUCUGCGGAGGCUGCGCGCGCAGUCGGCCAGGCGGCUCACCGAGGAGGCGACCGUGGAGAUGAUGCUGGGCGACCUGGCGUCCCUGGAGGAGCCUCCUCCGGCGGCGGCCUCGGCGCUGCGGAGCGAGCUGGGCUCGCACCUGCACCUGCUGAAGGGGCUGAACGUGCGCUUCCGCAGCUUCCUGGCCAAGGUGCACGAGCUGGAGCGCCGCAACCGCCUGCUGGAGAAACAGCUGCAGGCCGCGCAGGUGGGCGAACGCGAGCGCCGCCUCCGCUACCGCCACUUCCCCCGGCACCAGGCCGUGCAGACCGACCCGGAGCCGCCCCUCGGGCCUUCUUCCUUCGCCCCCUCCUCUUCCUCCUCGGCUCCUUCUGCUGCUGCUCCUUCGGCUUCUUCAUUUUCAUCCUCCUCCUCGGCUUCCUCCUACGGCCGCCUGCCCGGCACCAUCUGGAGCUACACGCAGGUGCGGCGGACGGGCGGAGGCGGCCUGGAGACCCUGCAGGGGCCCGGCGUCUCUUGGGUCCACCCGGACGGCGUGGGCGUCCAGAUCGACACCAUCACGCCCGAGAUCCGCGCCCUCUACAACGUCCUGGCCAAAGUCAAGCGCGAGAGGGACGACUACAAGGGCAGAUGGGAAGAGGAAGUGGCCAAGCGGCUGCGGCUGGAGUCAAUGGUGGAGACGCUGCAAGAGGAAGCUCAGGAAGCCGAAGCUCUUCAGGAGGAGCUCAAUGAAAAAAUCGAGCGGCUCAAAGCUGAACUGGUGGUCUUCAAGGGUCUCAUGAGCGACCCCAUGACCGACCUGGACUCAAAGAUCCAAGAGAAAGCCAUGAAAGUGGACAUGGACAUCUGCCGACGCAUUGAUAUCACAGCCAAGCUGUGUGAUGUAGCGCAGCAGCGCAACUCGGAAGACGUUUCCAAGAUAUUCCAGGUGGCCUCCAAGAAGAAGGAGCGCCGGUUCACGUCGGAAGAAGACGCGGCCGAACAGGACACGACGGACAACGCCCGCUUCUCGGAGGAGGACGUCAGCUGCUCUCUGAACAUCACCGACGAAAUGAAGAGGAUGUUCAAUCAGUUCAGGCGGGAGAACUUUGAUUUUGAUGACGACUGCGACAGUUUGACUUGGGAGGAGAACGAAGACACCCUGCUCCUGUGGGAAGACUUUACCAACUGCAAUCCGACCGUAGAGCUCCAAGGAGAGCAAGAGGAGAACCUGGGGAACUUGAUCCACGAGACGGAAUCUUUCUUCAAAACCCGAGACAAGGAAUAUCAAGAAACGAUAGGACAGAUCGAGCUGGAACUGGCCACUGCCAAGAGCGACAUGAACCGCCACCUCCACGAGUACAUGGAGAUGUGCAGCAUGAAACGGGGCCUGGACGUCCAGAUGGAGACCUGCCGGCGGCUGAUCAAAGGGUCCGCGGAAAGAAAUUCCCCCUCACCCAGCUCGCUCGCAAGCAGUGACUCGGGAAACACGGACGAGAUUCAAGAUGACUUCGACCGAGAAGCAGAUGUGGAGCCCAUGGUCAGCUGAUGAAUACCCAGAGCGUGGGGCGCAGGGGUUGUUGUUUAGGGGGGGGAUUCUGCGGGACGGGGAGAACAGAAAAUUUUGAAGAAAAAAAAAAAACCUGGACAAAAGUUGAAACCUUUGCAGCAGGGGUGAUAAACAGGACUUCGGCGUCCUCGGCCGGCGUUCCCGGAGGCUCGGCCUCCCGCGUCAUCUCAGGAUUGGUGCUGUCAAAACUUUUGUACUGUUUCCGUCGACGACAAAUGUGACAAAAACUUAAAAAAAAAAAAACUGCAGUUCUACCUGUGCCUUCGCCCCCAGGCUGUGGGCCCAACCAAGCUCCUACUACGGCAAGCCCACCUGCUUCGGACGGAAGGCAAGCCCCUGGGGAUGGGAGCCUCUGGCGCGUGGGUGGGAGGGGAUCCCGAGGCCCGACCGUCCUUCUUUUGAUGCCCAGGGUGGCCGACCCAGAGAGCCUGGGUAGAAGGUAAAGGCAGGGCAGGGCAAGGCCAGAAGGAGACCGCAGGGUGAGAAGGUCGCAGUUUUUAACUACUAUGCAAACAAAAAAAGAGCAAAAUGCUUUGCUUGCCUUAUUUCCGUGGCACGUUUUGGGCCUCUGCUGGGCUCGGGGUCCCUCUCCCGAGCGCUCAGCGGUUUGGCACCCCUGACCAGGUGGGGGGGGGGGGCUUUGUCCGGUUCUGCUUGGUGAAGGUCUGUAUGCCGCCUUGGCAUGGCUGGAGGGCUGUGUCUUUUUUUUUUCCUGCUGCUUCCCCCGAGUGCCGGGUGUGUGUUCCCUGGCCUCGGGGGCUUCAAGAGAUGAGGAGGGAAGCCAUGGGUGGGUGCGCGCAGGCUGGGGAGCCCCCAGAGCAUGGCUCUGGCAGCUGCCUGGCACCCGAGAUGCCCUCGUGUGUUUCCGUUCCAUUGACGCUAAGUAUUCUCUGGGGAGGGAGGGUGUUUGUGCCUGCCAUCUAGGAGAGGUUGGCGCAUCACACAACUGGAAAGGGAGGCAACCCUCUCCUCCCCCCUUCCCUUUUUUUCUCACUGUCCCUUACUGAUGUUUGGUGGUGGCACUGUGUAUAUCCCACUAGCUGGCCAACUAAUUGCUUAGCUUCUGUGGGCGGCUGGCUUUUAGUGUGAAUGGUGGUGGGAUGAGGAUCGGUUUGGGAGACCCCCAUCCACACCCAAGGCCAGCUGGCAGCCCUCCUCCAGCUGAGCCUCCUCUUGUUCUGUGCUGAAACCCCUCCAAGGGGGAGGGGUGUGGCUUCUGCCCUGUGCAAGCUGUGGAGAGAGAGAGAGAGAGAGAGAGAGAGAAUGAGAUACACACACAGAGAGACGGAGAGAAUGAGAGACAGAAUA